AUGACACCGCUGCCGAACGGCCCGUGGCAGUCCCUGACGGCGGACUUCGCUGGUCCUUUGCUUGACAACAAAUACUUACUGGUAGUAGUAGACGAAUACUCACGGUUCCCCGUAGUCGCAACGUUGUCGUCGCUGACUGCCAAGUCUGUCACAGGAAAGCUCAACGACAUCUUCACAGUGCAUGGGCUGCCUUACGUUCUCAGGACGGACAACGGCCCUCCCUUCUUUAGCAAAGAGUUCGCAGAAUUCUUGGACAACAACGGAAUUCGCCACCAAAAGACUACGCCACUGUGGCCGCAGGGCAACGGCGAAGUGGAGAGAUUUAUUAAGAACGUCGAGAAGACGGUGAAGGCCGCCGGGGUUCAGGGACAGCUAUGGAAGGAGGCGCUCAGCGAAUAUCUUUUGAAUUAUCGGGCCACGCCACAUUCAACUACCGCCGUAACUCCAGCGGAGCUCUUGUUUGGGAGGAAGAUUCGGACAAAGUUACCCCAACUGCAAGAGGCGCAACGCCAAGAAAAGCUACGGCAAAGAGACCGACUAAAGAAAGCAAAGAUGAAGGCCUACGCCGACGAUGGCAUUUAG